CACCACCUGUAGGGCUGACUGAUUACAUCAAUGGGAAAGUGAAUGAAUGUAUGUACAUACAUACAUAUGCACGAAUACGUAUGGAUUUGCAUAUGCAUCGCAAAGCGAGAGAUAUGACUUCGUUGCAAUGAUUCAUUAUUAAAUCGUACGAAAAUUUACGAAAUUUAACGAGGCGACACGGCACAUGUAAACGCAGAUCGUAUGCGUCGGCUACCAAUAACAAUCCCCUCAGCCGCAGCCGAUGUUUACUUUCUACGAUCAAAUACUCCGCGUGGUUCGACUAAGAGUUAAAGCAAACGUAUGAUAAGACUUCUAGGUUGGUCUACGCGUGUAGCAAACAAACAAAAAACCAGCAAUAAAAAAAGUAUCAAUAAACAAGUGUGCGACUCGCAGGGGUAAGGAGCGUAAUGCCAAUUUUUAUGGUCGGUGUUAUUUUAUUUUUAUAUACUGUCUGGGUGGUUACUGGACUAUGGCAGCGCGUUGUUCUUGUUUAGCUUUUUGUUGGUAGUUUGUGAAUUUCAAGCUCAUUGCCGUCACGUAGCGGUGUGGUGUGUUAUCGGAGAUCAGAGUUACGUUAUCGUAGAUCAGCAUACACAAAACGAACACACGCACGGACCGCAUUUCUGCGCUCAACCGCCCGCCACCCACUCGAGCAGACACCCCUAUGAAUUCCUGUGUUCUAAAAAGUCAAACACAAAACUCAAAUGACAGACCCACAUACACAUCCAUAUAUAGUCUCAUUGUAGUCAUGUUUGUUACCUUGUCGCCGGCCCCUCAUCGCUCUAUCGUACCAAACCAGCAGCAAAGCUUUAAUUUGUGCUUAAAGCAGGCUGAGGGCCCCUCGCAAAAAUGACACUAACAACCAAUGUACAGCAGAUGACAACAGCAAUGCCAACAGUGACAAAGAUGCCAACUUAUUUACUCUUGGCCUCACGUAGCGCGAUAAUAAGCAACAGCGACCGCACAUGCGUAUUCAUACACGAGCUUGCACAGUUAAAUUUGGGUUUACAUGGGCAGCCGCCGAUAAACAGAUAAGAUCGACCCACCGUUCAAUGCGUGAACAGGUGAAUUAGUUGUGAAAGGAAUGCGAUGGCAAGUGCGUGUAAUCAACUGCCUUUCCCGCAAUGUUUUCGCAUAAGAGUUCCCGUUAAGAAUAGCCAUUCACCCCACCCUAUUGAAUGUCUGCCUGAUAGCCAUAGUGCUAGCCUCUCGCCACUCGCGCUCCCCCGCUGGCCUGUCUGAUUUAAUAAACGCUCCGUACAUUCUCUACAACUACUCGCCGUUCAGUAUGUAGAAGGUGGCUGAUAAGAUGUAUGAUUCUUAUCGCAUACGCUCGUGCUUACCCAUAUAUGAGAGCAUUCGCUAACAAACGCACUCAGUUGUCGUGAAAUCGCCCCACACAACGGUUCUAAGAGUAUAGUUAAAAGAAAAUCAAAUCAAAUUAGACUCCAAAUCGCAAAAAGUUGAAAGCUAAAAUAACUAAAAAAAAUAAGCAAAAACUAUAAAACCUGCUACACAAUGGCAGUACAAAAUUCUCAAUUUCCCAGCAGUGGCCUUAACUCUGCCUUCGUGCCAACGAGCGCUUACUACCAGCAUCUGAAUGCCGCCUCUGCCGCUCUAGCUGCCUAUGAGGGUUGGACCCAUUUGGACUUUCUGUCGACACAUAUAGCUCACUCGCCGUCCGCGCCACCUGAUGAGACGCUACAAAUGCACCACUUAAGAUUUCCAACACCGCCAAUAACACCACCAUAUAAUAUUAGCGCAUACAAGCUAGCCACCCGUCCACAUACAACGGCCACACGUACGCGAUCGGUCAUAAUGAAAAUUGGGCAGGAUCAAUCGGAUAGUAGUAUGCCACCAACACCAGAUCAUGCCGAUGAUAUUGCUGUGGAUAUUGUUGGAUUGGAUGACGCCGCUGCUAACACUGAAGCGCUGCACCAUGAAACUGGUAUAACGAUGACGACGUCAACCACUAGCAGCGCCAGCUCGACCCCAAAACGCAGUGAAUACGUCUGCGAAUGGAGCGGUUGUGACAGAGAUCACAGCACCCUCGAAGCAUUAGCCGCUCAUGUAACCAAAGUUCAUGCAGUCGCUUCCCCCGUCGAUGGCUUGUACUAUUGCCGUUGGAACGGUUGUACACGCAUGCGCGGCUUCUCUGCCCGCUAUAAGAUGCUCGUACAUGCACGCACCCACACCAAAGAGAAGCCCCAUCAAUGCCAUCUCUGCACAAAAAGUUUCUCUCGAGCAGAAAAUUUAAAGAUUCACAUUCGUUCACAUUCGGGCGAGAAACCAUACCUAUGUACUUAUGAAGGUUGCCAUAAAGCCUAUUCAAAUUCGUCGGAUCGUUUCAAGCACACCCGCACCCAUGCUAUGGAUAAACCGUAUAUGUGUAAAGUGCCCGGUUGCCAGAAACGGUAUACAGAUCCAUCAUCGUUGCGCAAACAUGUGAAAACUUUCAAACAUGCUACACAAUUGAUUGGUACCGCUGCUGUUACACCUAUCAAUAGAGCCAUUAUUGGUGGAGCAGAAACGGCAGCAGCUCCAUCUGCUCUACAGACACAUAGACCCUGCAUAAUUCCAACUCUUACACAGAAUGCCGUAACUCUAGCAGAAAACCACCAUCUGCAUUCUGAUGCAUAUUCAAAAGGUUACAGCGACACGACAAUACCGGUUUGCCAACUCUGCGCACCGCCACCACCGCCACCUCACUACUAUCUACAUGCCAUGGAAGAGGAUAUUUGCAACAUCAAGGCAGCUCAACUCGAUUACUAUUAUGCCACAACAGAUCAUUCUCCGGCCACUAACAGUACUGCAUCCAGCAAUUGCUGCAGUUCCAAUGUACAUGGCGAUGAGAGUACUGGGUUCCCCAUGGAACUAGAAACUCCCCUCGACUUGCGAGUGAAUCGAAGUUGAAAGCGAACCAAUUUGGAUACAAUUCGAAUUAAUAAGCGCUAACUCUAGUCUAGCAGAUUAGUCUGUAAUCAAAUACACACACACACAUACAUGUGCAUAAAAGAUGGAUUGAAGGAUUCAUGAAAUUAAAAUUUUUAAUUCUCCAACAAAUACUGAAUACUGCUCACAUAAUACGAGCACUACCAAUACUGUUUUUUUGUUAUUGCAUGUGUUUUUUUAUCAAGACUGUUUUAUU